AGGAGAAAGAAGAACGGAAGGAAGGAAGGAAGGAAGGAAGGAAAGAGGAAGGAAGGAAGGAAGGAAGGAAGGAAAUAAAUAGCAAGGCGCCUGCGUGACCCGCUCUUAUCUCGGCUGUGUCCGUCAGCAUUCGGCAUCUCUCGAGUCGGAGCGAGGAGAGUGGUGAGGGUAACGUGUCACCUGUCGCCGUUAUCGAGGCUUUUCAGUGCGGUGCCGACCGUCGGCCAGUGCGGAUCGCUCUUCUAAUCUGUACAUAUAUAUAUCUAGUUAUAAUAUUGUCGAUAUUUUUUUUUUUCAUCGUUUCUCUCUUUUUCACUGUCUGUUUGUCUGUUUUUCUCUCUCUCUCUCUCUCUCACUCUAUCUCUCUCUCUCUCUAUCUAUUUGUCUAUCUGUCUGUUCGUCUGUUCGUCUACUAUUUUGACUUCGGGCGUGCUAACGUGCUUACGUGCUAACGUGCUACGUGCGUGCGUGCGUGCGUGCGUGCGUGUGUGUAUGUGUGUGUAUAAAAGAGAGAGAGAGUGCGCGAAUCGCGAGUGUGUCACACGCACGCGCGACCACGCGUCGCCACUCCGUCUACUUCGUUUUAUUUCUUCGUCCUUGGAAACGUAACGACCGACGCUUCUUCUCUCUCUCUUUCUCUCUCUCUCUCUCUCUCUUUCUCUCUUUCUAUCUAUCUAUCUAUCUAUUCCUUUCUCUCUCUUUCUCUAUCUAUUUCUCUCUUUAUCUAUCUCUUUCUUUCGACCACCAUUAAAAAGAUACACGAAGACGUCAACGACACCACGAUAUAAUAACAACAACGACGACGACGACGACCAAGACGAACACGACAACGACCAAGACGAAAAAAGUUUAUAGCGACUGUUACGACUUAUUCUCUUUCUCCACUUUUUUUUCUUUAUCUUUACCUCCUCCUAUCUUCCUCCUCCUUCUCCACCAUCUCCUUUCUCUUUAUCAUCGGCGAGAAAUAACGCGUUUUCGUCGACGAGGAAAGGAAACAUGCGCGGCGAAAAUUGGAGAACGACGACCACCGUUGUUGCAACGAGGAGCGACCAACAACAACGUCAACAACAACAACAACAACAACACGAAGAAGACGAAUGCGACGUCACGCUACUACCGCACGUGACUACUACCACCAUCAUCGACGAGGACCGAUCUGCUUCCUACUCUUCCUCCCCCUUAACAACCACCACCACCGUUAUUGCCUCUACCACCAUUGCUACCACCACCAUCGACAACACCAUUACCAGCAACACCAAUAGCAGCAGUGUCAUUACCUUUUCCUCCACUUUUUUCUUAACCUCUCAACUUCAGUGAAAUAAGAAGAAGAAGAAGAAGAAGAAGAAGAAGAAGAAGAGAGAGAGAGAAAGUCGAGUUAUCGCGAGCUCUCGCGUGUUUUUUGGUGUCUCUUUUCUUGCAAGAAGAAAAAGAAGAGUAAUAUUAAUAAUAUUAAGAAGAGGAGGAAGAAGAAUAAGAAUUAGAAGAAGAUAAUAGGAAAAAAGAAAAGAGUGAACGUGAUUGGUGCGUUAAUAUUUGAAAACCUAUUUAAUACUUAUCCAUCGUGUGUUCGGUUGAUUGAUCGUUACAUUCGCGAAUCCGAAGAAGUAAUAUUAUUAUUUCUCUCGACGCUCGUUUGCGAGAGAUCGAGAUAAUAGAAUCCUGGCAGCCCUUCGGUAUUUCUCGAUAAAAUCGAGAGAAAAAAGAUGAGACGUCGUAUCACCGAGGUCACAACCUCGACGAUGCACCCGGUGCUCUUCUGUUGGUGUGUCGCCGCCAUUUUUAGUGUCGCCUUAGCGGCAUGGCAGGAAAAUGUGCGACCGAAGAUGUACGUUCAAUUAGGUGCCGAAGAUGUGUUCAGGUUUACGGGGAACGAAACGCACACAGAUUACUUUCGGCUGGUGCUCAGGGAUGCCAACUAUCUUCUGGUUGGUGGAAGAAAUUUAGUACACAACCUGAGCUUGACCGAUUUGACGGAGCAACAAAGGCUCACGUGGUACUCUACGGAAAAAGACGUAAAGAUGUGCGUCGUCAAAGGGACGCCAGAAGAAAAUUGCCAGAAUUAUAUACGUAUACUCGUGAAGACGAGCUCGAACACCCUUUUGGUGUGCGCAACGAACGCCUUCAAACCGAUGUGCCGCGAUUACCUCGUACACGCAGGUAAUUACACGAUGAUAAAGGAAAAGGGAGGACAAGCUAGGUGUCCCUAUGAUCCUCAACACAACAGUACCUUCGUUUAUGUCGAGGGUGAACUUUACACCGGAACUGUCGCCGAUUUUGCUGGAAUGGAUCCCAUUAUCUAUAGGGAACCAUUGCAAACUGAACAAUACGACUCGAUGAGUCUUAAUGCUCCAAAUUUUGUGAGUUCCAUGUCCCAAGGUGACUUUGUCUACUUCUUCUUCAGGGAGACCGCUGUUGAAUAUAUAAACUGCGGCAAGGCCGUCUAUUCUCGCGUAGCGAGGGUCUGUAAAUACGAUCGUGGUGGACCCCAUCGUUUUCGUAACAGAUGGACAUCCUUCCUGAAGUCUCGUCUUAAUUGCUCCGUUACCGGGGACUUUCCUUUUUACUUCAAUGAAAUACAGUCAACGACCGAACUGAUAUCCGGACAAUACGGAAGUUUAUCAGCCCAGCUGAUAUACGGCACGUUCACGACCCCGGUAAAUAGCAUAAGCGGCUCAGCUGUGUGCGCCUUUUCCCUUCAGGACAUCACCGAUACCUUCGAGGGUAAUUUCAAGGAGCAAAGCGCGCUCAACUCAAACUGGCUGCCUGUACAAAGUGCCAAAGUACCCGAACCCAGACCGGGACAGUGUGUCAACGAUUCUCGCACUUUACCGGACUUAACUUUAAACUUUAUCAAUACCCAUUCCCUAAUGGACGAAUCAGUGCCGAGCUUUUUUGGUCAACCGAUCGUUAUACGCACCAGUUUUCAUUAUAGGUUUACACAAAUCGCAGUGGAUCCUCAGGUGAAGACACCAGGUGGUAAAACUUACGAUGUCCUCUUCAUCGGCACAGAUAACGGAAAGGUUAUCAAAGCGGUGAACGCUGAGUCAGCGGAUUCUCACGAGAAAGUUAGUCCCGUUGUAAUCGAAGAGAUCCAAGCGUUUCCAUCUACAGUGCCUGUUCGUGGAAUAAAAGUCGUCCGUGCUUCGCAAGCCGGUGAUGGUUUGGAAGAUGGCCGAUUGGUUGUGAUAGCAGAUAGCCAAGUCCAAGCACUGAGGUUACAUCGUUGUUACGGUGACAGGAUAUUGUCCUGCGGCGAAUGUGUGGCUCUCCAGGAUCCGUAUUGUGCUUGGGACAAGGUCGAGGGCAAGUGUCGGGCAUUGGUUGGUCCAGCUGCUACGGAUGCCAGCAGAUUUUUGCAAAGCGUAGCAACUGGCAUUCAUGCGUCCUGCCCACCAAGUAAAGGAUUGAACAAGGACGCUAGUAGUGUCGGUGCCAUUUCUGCUAAUCAAAAUAAAUUCCCUCAGGAUUCGAUGAUACCCAGUAAGGAUAGUCAAGGUGGAGAGAUAAUCAAUAUCAUGCACGACGAAGAACAAGACAGUUCAGGUCCAGAAGUAUCAGCCGCGGAUUCGCCACCGCCACAAUACAGCGUUGAGACCUUAGUAAUGGCCGUAGUGGCCGGUGCAUUGGCAGCAUUGCUCGUUGGUUUUGUAGCUGGUUAUCUCUGCGGUCGAAAGUGUAGAAAAGAUGAGGAUGAUAACUUGCCGUAUCCCGACACGGAGUACGAAUACUUCGAACAACGGCAAAACGUCAACAGGUUAGCACCUGAGCCAAAGUUACUGCCGCAAGAAGAGGUUACCUAUGCGGAACCAGUUUUGGUUCCACAACCGUCUAAGAUGCAUUCGCCAAAGGGUACCAUGAGAAAACCACCGCCAACCCCAACGGAAACAUUAUUCCAGUUUCCAGAUGGUUAUGGUUUCCGUGGUCCAAGAGAUAAUUUUGGUACCCUUCGUUCCCAUCAAGGGGAUGCGUAUCGUCGGAACGAUGGAUUCGCGACGACACGCAGCGUUAAAAAGGUUUAUCUCUGAGAAACGAGCGAGGAGGGAGGUGGCCGUCACCGGAGCUUAGGACGGCCAACACGGAAUCGUCACAACGCGAGCUCAGCCGGUAGAAGUAGUCGCGCUGUGACGGCCUCAGGGGGACAGUCCAAUCGUGAGUUAGCUGGCCCGAGGGCACUCGAGUCGCCUUCGCCACCCUCCAGCGUCUCCUCGAGUUCCCCCUCCCCUCCCUCCUCGUCGCCAUCGCCGACCCUUGUACCGAUCGCGAUGAGUGGAUCGCCACCACCGCCAACCCUAACGCCACCCUGCAGUUUCAUAUAUCGAUCAUAGUCCUCGAUUAUUCCCACGGCUAUCACGUACCCUUCGACACUCUGCUUCUACCAUCCCCGUUAAACUGGGGAAGGACAAUGGAUACCUACCUUCUUAAUCGAGAGUCCUAUAUUAAGCGUUCCCAAAAAUGUAUAGAGAGAAGACUCACACGGAUAAGUCUGAUGCCGACAGUGUAAGUGUGCGAAAAAAGAGUGAGAAUGAGAGAGCGAGAGAGAGCCUGAACUGUGCUUCGUUUGGUUUUUCUUUCGUCUUUUUCUUUUUUUCUUCCUUUUCUUUUCUUUCUUUCCUUCUUUCUUUUUUUUUUUU